UUCGUCAUAUUGAAUUAAUGCAAAUGUUCUCAUUCAAACCAGGAAGCCGUUUUAUAUUACGAAUUGGGGUUAUUUAUCAAGACAAAAAGUAACAAACAAUAAUUUGUGUCGUUUUAUUUUCAUUUCUGUAAAUGUAUACACGGUUUUAGCAGGCUGUUUAAACUGCGCUCAUCGAAUAGCGAACAUGACAGCAGAAAUGUUUGUGCGAAGUUUGCGCAGAAUCUUUGAUAUAAAACGUUAAUUAUACCCGAAGUGAUUUAUAGAAAGAAAAUUGUUGGUGAUUGGAAAUAUCCGUGUAGUAGUUAGUUAGCUGCAGAUCCGGACAAGUGUGAAAUGUGUGGAAAGUGUGGAUGCAGAUUUCAGUGAGCGGCGGAGUAAACAAACUUAGCAGCGACUCCGGUGCACAGCUCUUCUCCUGAGACCACACAAUCCCUCGACCUGAUAUGCUGAAAAGUGGACUGGGACCUCAUUGCUUUCACAUAUCACGAAGAAAUAGAAGCACAAACGAACCGUACACGGAGCACCUCCGGAGGUCAUUUCAUUCCUAAUGGCGAUCCCUAUUGCGAUCCUGGACUGUGACCUGUUGCUCCAUGGCCGCGGGCACAAGACGCUGGAUCGAUUUGACAUCGAAACCGUGCCGGACGAGUUUCUGUUGACGACGUUUGGUUUCCCACGUGAGUUCAUCUAUUACUUGGUGGAGCUGCUGAAGGACGGUUUGUUAAGACGCACGCAGCGGUCGCGAGCGAUCAGCCCUGAUGUUCAGAUUCUUGCAGCUUUGGGUUUCUAUACAUCAGGCUCCUUCCAGAGCAAGAUGGGAGACGCCAUUGGCAUCAGCCAGGCUUCCAUGAGUCGCUGCGUCUCCAACGUCACCAAAGCUCUGAUUGAGAAAGCCCCGGAGUUCAUCGGCUUCAACAGGGACGAGGCCACCAAGCAGCAGACUAAAGAAGAGUUCUACAGGGUGGCUGGGAUUCCUAAUGUUAUAGGAGUCGUAGACUGCGCACACAUAGCGAUCAAAGCACCUAACGCAGAGGAUUCAUCGUAUGUUAAUAAGAAAGGCUUCCACUCCAUUAACUGCCAGCUGGUUUGUGACGCCCGAGGGUUGCUGCUGAGCGCCGAGACGCACUGGCCUGGCAGUCUGACCGACCGAGCUGUUUUUAACCAGUCUAGCGUGUGCAAGCUGUUUGAGGAGCAGGUGACCCACGAGGGCUGGCUUUUAGGAGAUAAUCGCUAUCCUCUGCGGAAGUGGCUGAUGACUCCGGUUCCGAAUCCUGAAACUCCGGCGGGUUACCGCUACAACCUGGCUCACAUGACCACGCACGAGAUCGUAGACCGCACAUUCCGCGCUCUCCAGACACGCUUCAGAUGCCUGGACGGAGCCAAAGGCUAUCUGCAGUACUCGCCCGAGAAGUGUUCUCACAUCAUCCAAGCGUGCUGCGUUCUGCAUAAUGUCUCGCUGCAGUCUGGACUGGACGCCUGGACCUUUGAGAGGACCGAGGCCACUGACCAAUCAGAAGAGAGCAAUGAUCCCACAGAAAAAGUGGACCUUGAGGCACUGAGAGUCCGACAGGAACUGAUCCAGAAUCACUUUAGCUAGAGGAUGUCUUGGACUGGAGAGUGCGCUAUGUAUUUUUUUACGACUUGAUGAUUUAGAAGCGAGGCACCUCAUAGGAACCUAACCAUUUUGUGCUUUGUAUUUGCUGAAGGGGUGUAAACAAAUGUGAAUACAUUCUUUGGAUUGAACAAAUGAUGUGUACUGAUACACAUACAAAUACACAUGCGAAUAGGUGCAGUAUUCGUAUUGGUUUUUUAAAAAAUUUUAAUAGGAAGUUUGCCAGAAAGCUACGUGUUGUGAUUAGGUGUGUGUGUGUGCGCAUCAGGACUGGGAUCCCUAAAAAAAAAAGUGCACAAAUUGAUGUGACAUCAGCUCAAAAA